UCCGGAAAAGCACAAACCGCCGAUCCGAAACGAGGCCUGGUCAGCAUUGAUCAGUCGUGAUAGGCCGCUGCGUGUUCCUCCGGCUAUCAGGACCCUAUCUGACCGGCCACCUGCAGGGUUGUGCGGCUCGCAUCUGGCUCGAAACUGUCACUUUCUUCCUCGGAAAGAAGGCACAGCGCCCGCCCCUUAUGAGAACCGGCCGGAGAACACAGAACAGGACAGGACAGGACAGGACCGGUUCGGCGUGGUUGAGUAGAACACCUGAGGGGAGUGAAUUUACGAUAUUAUGACAGCCGGCGCUGCUGCCAGUGGUCGCGCUGCCGAAAAGGCUUCGAAUUUCCGUGGCCAGCUGGGUCGCUUUCGACUGAAUCCGACCGUGGCUGUUUCGUCGUCGCUCACGAAUACAUCGCAAGUCGUCCCGCCGCCUGCGCAGUCGGUUCCCUCGUCCUCCGUGUCUCCCGGCUCCUCUUCCUCGAUACAGCACGUUGAAAACGCCGUACCUGCGUCUUCGGCGCUCUCGACAACCUCGUCAAUAUACGGCAAGCGGCCUUUAUCGCCGCAGAGCCCUGAAGCGGGUGAUCGGGAUGGCCAUGGUUCAAAGACCAAACGCGUCUCGACCGCAUGCGAGUUCUGUCGCAAGCGCAAGAAAAAAUGCGACUUUCGCUACCCGAAUUGCUCCGCUUGUACUCGUGCCGGGGUUGUGUGCACAGUGCUCACAUUAGGUCAGUCGGUUGCGCAUCAACCCGUCCCUCGAGACCAAAUUGAGAACCUACAAAAGCGAGUAGAAUGGCUGGAGCAGACGCUGCGAUCACGGACCGGAUUAGACCUGUCCAAUAAACCGACAGGUGCUAAUGUUGCCAUUGAAGAGGGACAGGAUCAACAGCAGCAACCACCACCGCCGCCGCCGCCGCCGCCGCAGCAACAUCAAGAGGAACAGGAACAACAACAAGACCCUGAUCAGUGGUUCCAUGUGCCGACUUUGCUUGCACAACCACGAGCCGGCCCGGGCCUGAGCGCUCAGAAUGAUGCAGUUGACGUGGUCAACUCACCAAUGAGUAGACCAUCAUCAUUACCCUCUUUGGAUGGUGGACAAUUACCCAAUAUAUCGGAGAUAUUUCGUGAUAAGCUAGAAAAUAGACGCAGCUCAGUUCCUCGUCCUACAUCAUCGGCUAUACCAUCGGUGCGGCGACUAUCAUCAUGGGAGGAAGCGGAGCGACUUGUGGGCCAGUACUUUGAGGGUGUUGGAACACAGUAUCCCUUCCUCCACAAAGUCGAAUUCAUGCGCGGAAUGCGACGCAUUUACUCAAACCAACCGGUCUCUCCACAGGUGCAGAACUCGUACCACAUGACAAUAGCAACAGCUCUGCUGACAACCACGAACGAUAUCACACAAGCGACCGCCUUCUAUGGAGCGGCGAGACAGACAUUAACACCAACCCUGCAGAAUGAGGACCGAGUGUCGUUGCAAGCACUCCUGAGUUUGGCUCUAUAUUCUUUAUCAACGCCAUCGGGACCCAGUAUUUGGCAUGUCUUGGGAACGGCAAUGAGGCUUGCCACGAGUUUAGGCCUGCACAAAGCCAGACCGCCUCCAAAUGUGUCGACAAAGGAUAUACGCGAGCAUGAGAUGGACAAGCGUGCUUUUUGGAGCCUUUACAAUCUUGAUCGCUUGAUUUCGGUUACACUCAGCCGACCAUUGGGCAUUUCUGAUGAAGACAUUGUAGUUGAUAUACCUCGCGAGCUGGACGAUAACUGGAUGGAUGCCCCUCGAAAUUGUUCCAUGUCAAUAUCAGUGCAGGUGGUUCAAUUACGUCGGAUUUUCUCGCGGAUAUAUCGAUGCUUCUACAAUCCACAUGCCGACCCGAACGUCCCAAACGUGCUACACCUAAUCGAGGAUUUUCGACAAGAACUCGACGCAUGGCGUUCCUACGCUCCCAUUAUCGAAAGCUGUGUGCAUUACUCCACCAACUACUACGACUUUCUCUACAAUUCUGCAUUAACACUUCUAUACCGCCCUUCCAUACUCAACCCUUACCCAAACCACGAUUGCAUCGUCAGCUGUGGCAACGCCAGCAUUCUCAUAAUCCAGUCGUAUUCGCGUAGCUACUCGAUUGGCAAAAUUAAAUGGCUGUGGAUUACCCUGUGCCACGUAUACUCUGCGGGAGUGACCAUUCUAUGGUGUCUCGAGCAAAAUAUCCGCUCGUUGCGGCAGGGAAACAGUGUUAUAUGGGACAAUACGCAGGGAUACGAUUCUCUCGACACUGUACAAGUAUUGCUCGACGAGUUUCGACAAAAACGUCAGGGCGCAGACCGUCUGAUAAGCCAGUUCAAAGCGCAGACUCAACAGGUUUUGAAUCGCAUGGCUGAAGUCACUAUGGAACAACAGCAGCAACACCAGAUAUUCGACCAGAUUCCGACCAACCUCAUGACCCCUACUGAUCCAAUGAUGAUGGUUAAUCCGUUGUUUUACAAUUAUCAUUGGCUGGGUCAAGAGGUUGCAUCUUUCUACGGUUUGUAAUCCACUGAUUAGUAUCUAUCAGAUGUGGCAUGGCGCUCUUCCCUUUCUCUUAUUUUCCUUGUGUCUAGCGCAUAUUAAGCGUGAACUUCUGAUUGAUCUUUAAUCUCCCUCUUUUCUG